CUGUUGCCGGCUGCUGGGGCGGGGCAGAGCUGGACGCUGACGAGGAUUAGAGUGUAGUGGAGAAUGUUGCGGCCCCGACGGUCCCCCGGCCGGAGGUGCACCGAGGCCCGACGCAGGCGAGCCGCGCUCUCGGGCCGCUGACCGCCGGGACCAUGGAGGACGAGCAGCCCGACAGCCUGGAGGGCUGGGUGCCACUCCGCGAGGACCUCUUCAGCGCGCCCGAACGGCACCAGUUGCGCUUCCUGGUGGCCUGGAACGAUGCGGAGGGCCAGUUCGCUGUGACCUGUCACGACCGCACGGCGCAGCGGCGGCGGCGGCGUGAAGGGACCGCACCGGAGCCACCCGGGGCCGCGCCCAGCUGGGCCGGCCUGCUCUCGGCCGCGGGGUUUCGCGGCGCGCACCGGCAACUGGCGGCGCUGUGGCCGCCCCUGGAACGCAGCUUCCCACAGCUGCCGCCAGAGCUGGACGCGGCUGGCUGCAGGGCUGGGGACCGCAGCCGCGGGCUGUGGGCGCUGGUGUGGCCGGUAAGCGUUGGCCCCGGAGAGGCGGCGCUGCAGGAGCUCUGCGGGCAGCUGGAGCGCUAUCUGGCCGAGGCGGCCGACGGCUGCGGCGGCGCCACGGUGCGCGACGCGCUCUUCCCUGCCGAGGGCGGCGCUGCCGACUGCGAGAGCCCUCACGAGCUCCGGGAGCGGGCCCUGCGCGCGCGGCGGGCCGAGGCGGGAGCGCGGCUGCACCAGAUUCUUCAAGGACAUGAAAAAGCCAACAACAUGGUAGCAUUGAUGAAAAUUUAUCAAGAGGAAGAUGAAGCUUAUCAGGAAUUGGUUACUGUGGCAACCAUGUUCUUCCAGUAUUUACUGCAGCCAUUCAGGGAUAUGCGGGAAGUUGCAACUUCAUGUAAGCUUGGUAUUUUGAAAUCCCUGGAUGAGGAUAAUCUGGGUCCUAAAAGGGUAGUUGCCCUGCAGAAGGAAGCCAAAGAAUGGACCAGACGUGCUGAAGAAGCUGUUGUCUCUAUUCAAGAUAUCACUGUGAAUUAUUUUAAGGAAACAGUAAAAGCAUUAACAGGAAUGCAGAAACAAAUGGAACAGGAUGGGAGGAGAUUUGGCCAGGCUGCCUGGGCCACAGCCACUCCCAGAUUAGAAAAACUCAAGCUUAUGCUAGCUCGAGAGACCCUGCAACUGAUGAGAGCCAAAGAGCUGUGUUUAAAUCACAAAAGAGCUCAAAUUCAGAGAAAGGUGGAAGAUCUUCCAGAACAAGAAAAAAAUAUAGAUGUUGUAGAUGAAUUAGAAAUACAGUAUUAUGAAAUUCAAUUGGAACUAUAUGAGGUUAAAUUUGAGAUAUUAAAAAAUGAAGAAAUACUUCUUAUUACGCAGCUGGACUCUAUUAAAAGACUUAUAAAAGAGAAACAGGAUGAAGUUGUCUAUUAUGAUCCAUGUGAAAGUCCAGAGGAACUUAAAGGUAUGGAUCAUAUAGCCGACCUGCAGGAUGGUGGGAACUUGGAGGUGAAAGAACUCAGCCUGCAGUGCCAGAAGCUGGAGGCCAAACGGGGCAGGAUCUGUGCCAGGAGAGCCUCUCUCAGGAACAAAAAGGAUCAGUGCAAAGAAAACCAUCGGCUCAGAUUGCAACAGGCUGAAGAAAGUACAAGAUAUUUUCAUCAGCACCAUAGUAUUCAAAUGAAAAGAGACAAAAUAAAAGAAGAGGAGCAAAAGAAAAAAGAAUGGAUAAACCGAGAACGCCAGAAAACACUCCAGCGAUUAAGAGCCUAUAAAGAGAAAUAUUUAGCUCCAUCUGUACAACAAGCAUCCUGCUCAGACCCUGGGGCUCCAAACCGGUCAGAUGACCUUCCCCAGCAGAGGUCCUCACCAGCUUCUCAGCUCGUGUCAGUAGCUCCCCCCUCCUCUGAGAAGACCCGAAGUGUGCCUCUCUUACCUGAAGUUAGUACUGUGAAAACCCCUGAGGAUCAAGACUAUCACCGAAAUAUCCCUGUCCAGAUUUUUGUUCCAGUUGGUGACCAAACACACUUCGAAUCCAGUGAGGAGUUGUCACUGUCACCACAACCUCCUCUUCCUCCUCCACCACCCCCACCACCCCCACCUCUCCCACCACCUCUCCCUGCUCUGGCCUCUUCUCAAGCUGCCAAUCAUCGGAACUUAGGUCUCAGGACUACAGUAAAUGAUGAUCAGCCACAUUCUCUAGUGUGUGGAUCACCUGCUGAGAGACCACCCAGUUCCUUGGAAAGUUUUCAAUGCCCAGGAUCUAUGGAUGAAGUGUUGGCCUCCUUAAGGCAUGGCAGAAGCCCUCUCCAGAAGGUGGAAGUGCCCUCUUUUCCUGCUCCCCAUGCCUCAGUCAAUGAGAAUAUUCUGGCUGCCAUAAGACAAGGGGUGAAACUGAGGAAAGUCCACCCAGACUUGGGCUCAGGCCCUGGCAACAAGCCAACCAGUGACCUGGAGAGGAGCAUCAAAGCUGCACUCCAGAGAAUCAAGAGAGUGAGUGCUGACUCAGAGGAAGACAGUGAUGAGCAAAGCCCCAGUGAGUGGGACCGUUAAGCAUGUCUCUGAUGAAGGUAGAUGGGCCACAUAACACCCCCAAAGAUCAGCAAGGUGCCUGGCACAGUGGUGCAUUCCUGGAAUCCCAGUGAAUCGGGAGGCUGAAGCAGGAGGAUGGCAGUUUUGAGGCCAGCCUCAGCAAUUUGGAGAGACCUUGUCUCAAAGUAAAAAGGGUCAGGAAUGUAUCUCCAUAGCAGAGCACCCCUGGGUCAAUCCCCGGGAUCCAAAAAAAAAAAAAGAUUAACAGGGUUUUGGG